ACAAUAGACUAAAAGCUGUCAAAAAUAUUUUACUGGCAACACAGAAAAUAACCGUCAACUGAAUGUCAAUGUCAAAAUUGUCAAACCAUACGCCGCGCAGCGCGCGUUUUUUGUUAUCUUAAUUAUUUUUAUUUUUAAGUAAUUUAGGUAGGAAAAUCUGUAAUAUACUUAAACAAUGGCUUCUUAUAACAAGACUUUACAAUUACUAGCUUCUAAAUUGGGUUUAAGUGAGCAGGAAAAGGUUUUGAGCAAAGCGGCGGAGUUUGAACGGCUACUGCAGACCAAAACCGUCGCCGGGACCAACUUGACCGACACCAGCAAGCUUGUGAUCUGCCUGGAUCUGGCUGCAAGCAUCUGUGGAGCAGAUCUGGAUGUGAAAACUGCAAUAAAAUACUCCGGCCUGAAGCCUAUAGCAUACUCAAGUAACCGGAAGACGGUAGAGAACCUUCUAGAAAUAAACAGCAGUAAGCUAACAGUGGCUCAAAUGUGUGUGACAUUGCAGUGCACUGGUAUACAGGAGGUGGCUGAGAAGAUUCUAGAGGAGUACCAGAGACAUUCUAAAGUGGAGUUGGAUAUGAGUCUACCACAGUAUGUCUGCAUGGCUGUCUAUCAAGCUGGAAGAAUAAACAAAGUGAAAGUGUCCAAAGUGAAGAUAAACGAGAAGUGUCGCCUAAAACCCGCCCAGUGGGCGAUGCUCGAAGCGCACUGGACGAAAUUCGUGAACGAGAAAUUUGCGAGUGCCCCUAAGAAGAGAGGACGGCCUGCCAAAUCUGCAGUGAUAGCUGAUGAAAACCAAGAAAUGGAAAUUGACACGAAAGAAGAAACAUCAACAGAGACAGAUACAGAGCCAUACGAAGACUGGAGACGGCGAAUGCUAGAAUCCGCCUACAAAGAACUAGAAAUGAGAGAGAAAGAAAAUAAGAAAUCACCCAAAAAGACUCCUUUAAAAGAGUUACGUAUCGUUUUACAAAAAGAAUUUUACCCGCAAAUGGAAAGCGAUACACCUCAGAGAGAAUUACGCGGUACCCCUAGAAAAGAUAAUGGUACCCAAAAAGAUGGUACCCCGAAAAAAGACACAGGUACCUUGGCAAAAGGCGGUAGUGUACAGAAAGAAAGUGUACCAGAAGAAAUAACUCCUAGAAAGUCGCCAAGGAAGACCCCAAUGAAAUACACCCCUUAUAAGACCCCCACUAAAGGAGGUGGGGUUAGACUGCUGUUCCCUAAUUAUAUGUGAUGUAGUGUUACCAAAGAUAGGAUAAACAGCAUUUUUAAGGUCUAAUACUAAAUUCAGACUGGUAGAAAGUUAUUGCGGUUGACUAUGUUUCCUUCUACGAAAAAACGCAUAACCCCUGUUUAAGUACUCUUGAGUUAAGUCAAAGAGAAUUUGAAAUAUAGGUGGAUUAUCAAAGAAAAUUUUGUAGCCACAGUAAAUUUACUGCCAUCUAGCGACACAUUUUUAAAACGCCAUUUGACUUUGAUCCUUAUUCUUUCACUGAUAUGUGCUAAAUUUGUUAAAUAUAAAAAAAAUGGCGCCAUCUUAGCGGGCAUCGGCUAAAGGUUGUGGCGCCAUCGCUCGAAACGAUGCCGCUAUACCUUUGGAUUUGAUCUAUUA